CUGCAAACUGGACCCAGCGAGAGAAGAGAGAGGACUCUCUCCCCCCCCUUUUGCCCUCCCCUCUCCGCUGACUGACCCAUGCUGACGGACACACGAUCCCACCAAACGCCUGCUCGCUGCUUCUGCGGACGCUGAAACUCUGCAGCUCUGACAGGAUGGAGUUCCUGGACCGCGGCUACCUGGACGCGCGGUCUCCGUAUGAUUACACCUUUAAUUUUUGGAACGACUACCUCGGGCUGUCGACACUUGUCGCCAAGAAUAAGAUCAACAGCCAGUCCUGCAGCCCCAACUCUAUAACCGAGUCUCUGAAGGCGACCCUGGGGCUGGAGGACGAGUCCCCGGUGUGCCCCUGCGUAAUUGGACACGGCAGGGACAGCGACGGACACUUGGACUGCUGCUGCUGCUGCGCGGCCCCGGGCUCCCCGCCGAUCUCCAUCUACGACCUGAAGGAGCGCAUCUCGCUGCUCAGACCGUACGAGCACCUCGCGGGCGGCGACGCGCAGCCGGGGGACAGAGACUCGCCCCCCUACAGGGGGAGCUUCCCCGGCCUGGACCUGCUCUCCAUGGAGCGGAGGCGCAAACAGACUCAGAGGGGCAAGCCGGAGCCGAAAGUGUGCGUCUUCUGUCGGAAUAACGGCGCGCCGGAGGAAGUUUACGGCACCCACAUCCUGAAGACGGCGGACGGGAGGGUGCUGUGCCCCAUCCUCCGCGCGUACACCUGCCCCCUCUGCAGUGCCAACGGCGACAACGCGCACACCAUCAAGUACUGCCCGCUGUCCAAAGACCAGCAGAGCCAGAGAGCGGCGAAGGGAGGCAGGGUGGUUGGCAAAAGGCUGAAAAUCUUCUAAUCCGAGGAGAUAAACGAAGUUGCACUGAAACGCUGACGCCCCCCAUUUCAUGCACAAGACAAGUCCGGGAAGAAUCCGAAGAACAACCACUGCUUGAUUUCUAAUGUUUCUUGUCUUUAUUGUCACUCUAUGGGCACAUAGUUUACACCUGGACGCAUUGGACGCAUUGUGCGCAGUCUCCCCCCUCCUCUUCCUCUCUCCCUCCCCUUCCUCCCCCCUCCCUCCCUCAGCUGUCUCUACAAGGACUCUGUAAUUAAAAAUGAACCAAAGUACUAUACAGAUCGACUUGUGAAUGACCACUCAUGCUGUAAUCAUAAAAGUUCCCGUGCAUGUCAGCAAGGCCGCUCUCUGUCUGUCAGCGACGUGCCAACACAAGUGAAUAUGCAGCGCUCCUGAUAGGAGGUGAAUGUUUAGCCCCCACUCCCCCCCACAGCCCCCACAGGCCCCACGGAUGUGAGAAAGUCCGAGAGGCCGUGCAAGAUGCAAGAUCUUUAUAUCCAGCACAUUUUUAUUUCACUCAGAUAAAUGUUUUUUCUACCAAAGGAGUUCACUUUUUCUACUUAGCCUAAAGGUAAAAAAAAAAAAUCUCUGUAUCGUUUCUAUGUUGGAUGUGUCUUAUAUUCUUUAUGUGAUUUCUAUGUGCAUAGCAUUUUACGACUGAAUGUGCAACAGUGGUUCACGCUCUUUGAGUCCUUUAUUUCUAGCACAAGUUCGGAGUGAUUGAUUUUCUCUUUUUUAAAAAAAACAAAACGUGCACCUGCAAUUCUUGUAAAUGUACAAACGAGUUUAGCAAUGAAAAGCCUGACAUUCCAAAGUCUUUAUCUGUCAAUAGAAAUGUUUUAUGUACUUAUUUUUACCUUAUGUACCACUGGGGAAUAUAUUCACUGUAAAUGACUUCUGAAUAAACAUGUAAUUUGCA